AUGGACUGUGAAACUGAAAAGGGGUUGCUGGAAUAUGUGAGAAAAUCGUCGCCGCCACCUUUUCUGUUGAAAACUUACAUGCUGGUGGAGAAUCCGACCACCGAUGAAGUGAUUUCGUGGAACGACGAAGGGACAGGGUUUAUAGUGUGGCAGCCGGCGGAGUUUGCCAGAGAUUUGCUACCAACACUCUUCAAGCACAGCAACUUCUCCAGCUUUGUGAGGCAGCUCAAUACUUAUGGUUUUCGAAAAGUUGCAACAACUAGAUGGGAAUUCAGCAAUGACAUGUUUCGCAAGGGUGGAAAAGAUCAACUCUGCGAAAUUCGUCGUAGAAAAGCAUGGUCCAACAAGCCACAACCUAAUGUACAAGUCCGAAUUGGACCCAAAGAUCAACAAGAUGAAGAUCAAAGGUCAUCAUCAACUUCAUCAUCAUCUGAGUACACCACCCUCGUUGAUGAAAACAAAAGGCUGAAGAAUGAAAAUGGAGUCCUAAAUUCUGAGCUUUCAAUUAUGAAGAAGAAAUGCAAGGAACUUCUUGAUUUGGUGGCCAUGUAUGGAGGAAACUCGGAGAAAGAGGAGGAAGAAGAAGAAGAAGAAAAUGUUAGAGACGACGUUGGACCUAUGCUUUUUGGGGUUAGAUUGGAAGUUCAAGGGGAGAUUGAGAAGAAGAGAAAAAGAGCAGAUAAUUUGCGACUCGCCCAUCGCCCAUCGUCGCCGUCGGCUUCCUCUUCUCUCUUUCCCACCAAAGACUGCAAACACAUUGGACCUGCAGGCUUUCAAAACUCCUAA